AAUAAAUAAAAGCUCUUAAUAAAAUACAAAAUAAAUGUAUUAACACUCCAUUUCAAAGUAACAAAACUAUACUAAAUGCAAAAGUAUGAUUCUACAAAACACAACCCAAGAACCAAAACAUCUAAUGCCAUAAUGAACAUAAAUUACUAUACAUACAGAAUAAAAGCAGAGUUAAUAAAAUAAUAACGUAAGAUCCAGUAUAACUACCCAUUCAUACUUUCUUGUCAUGCACACAGUAACAUUCUUUUAAAUUAAAUUUUUACUCUUAUACCAUAAAUGUGAACUAAUAAAAACAAUUAUGAAAGCAAAUGUGAGUUUUACUAACAUUAUUCAAGCUUUCAUGAAGAAGUAUAUUUAGUUCUUUUUAUAUUCUGCCAAUAUUUACAUCUGACUUUUGUAGCAUGAAUUCAUCUGAAUGUUGUAUUUCAGAUUGCGAACAUUCUCUUAAAAUAAUUACUCUAUGAUGUAUUGAUUGUCUCUUAUUAUAACAGGUUGGUACAAAAACAAUAAUCUGUUAUAUAAGAAUAAAAACCUUCUUGUCUGGUUUAGUAAAUUUCUUUUAUUAAAGUUACACAAGGUACACCCAUACCAGAACAUCUGAGCAUUCAUAAUGAUCACCAUGUUUUGACUACUGGGAACUUAGCUUUGUCAUAAUAAUAGAAUUUAAGCUGUCAGUUCCUGUUCAGAGUUUCAGUUAACAAUAACAUUGAAAAACUAAAUGUUAACUACUAUUUCUGUUAAGAAUAAACAUGUUUAAAACGAAUAUUUAACUUGGAUAUUCAAAUGCAAGUUGCUAUUAGAAAAAAAUAUGUAAACAAUGUUGGCAACUUCUAUUUAACAGAACAGUCAAUUCAGUAUUAAAUAACCUAUUUUCCCACAAAAGAGCAGACUACUUCAACAAUAAAAUAUAUUACCUCCAAGUUAUCGAAACAACUUAAAGAUAUGAACUAUACCAGUACAGGAAGCAAUAAGUUUAGUAACUUUACAGAGUGAACAACCAAUUCAGAACAUUCAAUUUGAUGAAUCAAUAUUUUUUUUCAAUAAUAACCAGUUUAAAUGAUAAUAAAUGUGGUGCAUAAUUAUUUAUAAAAACCUUAUUUGAUUAAUCUAAAUUUGAUUCAAUCUUCAAGUAAUUUUGCAUUGCAAGGUCAAAAGUUAAGUCUAAGUGUAACAUUGAAUAGAGAUUAUACUUAAUAGAUUAAUUUCUGAACAGACUUUUAGUAAAGUUUAAUCAACAGUCUGAACUGAUUCAAUAAUAAUAUAGAUAUUUUUGUAAGUAUUUUAGGCAUAGGCAAUCAGACUGCCUUAAAUCAUUAUCCAAUUGCAAAAAAAUCUAAGUUCACUCAUCCUUUUUCCCAUCUCCGCCACUGGAGACAGUAAUCUUCUUCUGUAACUUACUGUGUUCUUCUGCAAGGCGAUCAUACUCUCUGUUCAGACUUUCAGCUUGAGACUUCACAGCUUCCUUGUCUUUUUUCUCUUUAGAUAACUCUUUUUCAAGGAGGGAAAUUUGACUUUUCAGAUCUUCAACCUCUUUUUUGGUCUGCUCAUCACCAGCUCCUUGUUGUGCAAGGAGAGUUCUAGCCGUUGUGGUCGCACUUUGUGCCUGACGGAAGUUGGCCUCGCUUUGCGCUAAUAAAACAGCCAGUUGCGAAAUCAUCUGCACUAACCGGCGGAUAACGACAAGGAGGAACAGUGCAAAUCCAGAGAUGUAGAAGUUCCUCUGCGCGCGGAACAAGCGCAUGUUACCUUGCAUUUCCGCAUCAAGAUGUAGGUGAUCAGUUUUCUCGCCCCCCUCGGAAUAUUUUUGCAUCUCACGAAUGGCAUCCAGAAGGCACAAUACUAAAAUUCCGACCAGUACAAAGAAGUAUAUAAAAGCUUGAUUUCCUAUAUAUGCUAGAAACUUCGAUUUGAAGAAUUUCUGCCAUUUUGAGGGACUAGCAAUCGGCAAUGUGAGGAGUAACACAACGCCUAUUUCAGCGUACAAGAACGUUGCAAUAAUAGUCCACUGUAGACUCAUCGUUGUGAAUGUAAAAAAUAUACUAAACUAAACUUUUACCGGCUCCGGCAAUUUAUCACACUGCGUCCUGAUGAAUUAUUGUGAAACUACUUAUGUAGGUCUAUCGGAAAUAUCUGUGACUCACGAAAAAUGACAACAAGAUGAUGUAAGAAAGCAAACAAAAAUGUGUGCUAGUUGCAAUACAAUUAUUUCAAUUGAUUACCAAGUUUUCUUAAAUACAUUUAAAAUACCAUCGGUUAUAGAAAAAAGUGAACGAACUUGGUAGAUUUGGGAAUAAAAAGCGAGGAAGAACUGGAUUCGAAAUUAUCUGACGUGUGGGUCAAAGUGUAAUGUCGUUGUCAAUAUGACAGUAUUUUUUUUUAUUCGGAAUGGACAACAAAGGAUUCUUCAUUGAAGGAAAAAUUAUGAAACUUCAAUAGUGCCAUUAUUUUCAUGGAAUCCCAAAAUGUGCCGAAAGCUCGAAAAUCUGAGCUUCAAACAAUAGUAAUUAGAGAAUGGACGAAGAAUUAACGCUAUAAUGGAUAAGAGGCUGAGUGAGGCUGAAAGAGUGAUAAAAUGUUUAUUGGGGUAUUUUACACUAAUCAACAUUAUUGUGAUUCUGGGAGCAGUAUCACAAGUUGCACCGGCUUAUGAUCAACCUGAUGUUUAUGAAACCGGUGAUUUGCCUGAAGCAGACCAACCAGAACCCAACGAAGAAGAGGAGAAUGAAUGCAUUGAGCAACUACACCUUUCAGUAAAAGACUCCUUCAAUAAAUUUAAAGGCAAAUUCCUAACUGGUACAGUGGAUUUUUCUGAUAGACUUAGUCGAAAGACAAGGAUCGGAUACAGAGCAGGUGAAUGGGAGUUGGCAGCAGAGGGUGAGCCAGAGACUGCAAUUGAACGCUACAACAGACUCAGAUGUGAAUUUUCUGAGCUUCUUGAGCAAGUCACUGAAGAAAAGAAUAAGGCAUCUGAAAGUGAAAAGGAGGAGUUUACAAAGCUGGCAACUCAAAUUAAUACAACUAAAAAGCUCCUAGAAGAAUUAAAAUUGGAGGAGGGAGAAUUGAUAGACCCUAAGGCAGAAAAAUUAAAGGAAUACCUUUCAGUCAAUAGUAAGAAGAAGGGUGAAGUUGUGACAGCCCAUCUUAAACUGAAACCUGAAGUGAAUCUCGCUCAGACAACGAGAAUAGCCCAACUGGAGCAUAGAUUGCAUAAGUUAGAGCAAGUUGCCGGUGUAAGGGACGAAGAGGCAUUCCGAAGACUACAAGCAGUUACUGGUCAGGCGACGUUAAUGGGCGCGGCGCGUUCGUUAGCGGCGCAAACGGGACUCGUGCGGGGCGGGGAGCUUGCCGCCGCUGAGGCGCGCGUCGCCGCGUUACUAACCGGAGUGGAUGCCUUGAAGGCAGCUGUGAAGCCGCAGGACCCGCAACUGGAGGAGAAAGUCAAUGAAUUGUAUAAACUUUUGAAACAGAUAGAUGGUAUAUCACAUUCAGAGAUUCUGGAGCGCAUGGAAGCACUGGAAGGAUUACACAACCAAGCUAGCAACUUUGGUAAAUCGCUAACAGAGCUGGAAACACUGCAGAGCACAAUCGCCAGCGGCGUACAGAACAACAAGGAGCUCCUUCAAGGAGUUCAAGAGGUGUUCGCGCACAAUGUCGACAGCUUACAGCGCGAGAUCAAGAAACUAGACGAGAGGAUCGCCAAGCUGGCCACAGCGUGAUGACGACGCCCAUGCUUAGUUUCAAUUGUUGGAAAACGUUUCGCUUGUAAAUCAUAGCAGUAGACAGGUUCAAACAAAUAUUGUUGAAGCUUCCAAGUUUCUUAUGCACAGCACCAAUUUCCAGUUACCAAAGCUACUGACUAGCUUCUUGGGUCUUGGUGUUUACAUUGUUUCUAUUUUUAAAACAAAUGCUUUAUCUACUUGGCAUCAGAACAGUUUAUUUAGAAAACUGAUUAUAGUAAAAAUACUAUCCUCGUUGCUUCUGUGAUUUACAAGAACAGUCUAGCAAAUUCAUAUAGUUUGCAAUACAAAAGUUGAUGCCGUUUUUAUAAUUGCAGUAGUGUCACAAUGUCUCAAUUAUUUUGUUCAUUUUAGUCGCAAAUCAAUUUAAAUUCGCCUUCUGAAAACUCUCUCUUCUUUUGGGUCUCUUAAUGAAAGUGUAGUCAUUGACCAUGGUAAUUCAAUUUACAGUGGAACAAGAUAAAAUUUUAAGAUUGGAUUCAGUUUACUUUGGUUCAUAAUAAUUAAUACAUUUAAAAUUUAUAAUUACUCAUAUAACAAUUAUUACUAAUUUGAUAUAGUGCUGUAACUGUACAUUAUAUUAAAAUGUAAGUUUGACUGCUUGUUAAAUAAUUUAUUGAAAAUAAAAUAUUAUAUUUAUCUGGAAAUGGUCUUUUUCUUUAAUUGUUGGUGGUUGCAGAAUCAAACAAAUUAUGCAUUACAACAGUAAUGUUUAUUUUAAAAUUACAUCUUAGAACCUAAGCUUACGGAAGAACCAUUUGUUCUUUCCACUCUUGUAUCUCUCUUCAAAACGGACACGUGUGUUGAAACGCAGCUUCUUGCGCUUGGCAGGGUCUUUCAGGUCUUUUGCACUGAACUUUUCAAAGCUGAAGUCGACUGAGAAUCGAGUUGGCAUGAGGUGGUUGUAGUUAACAAG